GUCGAAAGUGUGCUCGGACCCCUGCUCCUUCGUAUCUCAUGAAAUAAAUUCUAUCCAAAUUUGAUCCGAUUUGGUAUGGUAAUACUUGGCUUCGUUUCCUUGUGAUGUACGAUCCAUAGAUUUCCAAUCACGCGUUGCCCCGCCUCAAUAAAUAAAUUCCCCCGGAUCCUAGCUCGCCCCACCCCGCAGCAACCAAAUCUUUCCUCUCCUUCUGCGGUCGCCGCUGCGUUUCUAGGGCUUCCCCAAUCCAAAAUUCAUCCGCCCUACCCCAAUCCCGGAUCCAGCAGUGAUGGCAACCUCGAACGCAGGCGAGAAGAAGAUGAUCAUGCUCAAGUCGUCCGACGGCAAGGAGUUUGAGGUGGAGGAGGUGGUCGCCAUGGAGUCGCAGACCAUCCGCCACAUGAUUGAGGAUGACGGCGCUGACAAAGCCAUCCCGAUCCCCAACAUCAACUCCGAGAUCCUCUCCAAGGUCAUCGAGUACUGCAACAAACAUGUCCUGGCCAAGCCAGGCAACGUCGCCACUCGAUCCCCCGGUGCCGUUGCGUCUAACACCGUGGCUCCCGCCGCCCUGGCCGAAGACCUCAAGAUCUGGGACGCAAAAUUCAUCAAGGUUAACCAUGCCACCCUCUUCGGCCUCAUCCAGGCUGCAAGUUACCUCAAGAUCGAGGGUUUGUUGGACCUGACUUGCCAGACUGUUGCCGACAUGAUUCGUGGCAAAACUCCAGAGGAGAUCCGUAAUUUCUUCAACAUCAAGAAUAACUACUUGCCAGAGGAGGAGGAGAAGAUCCGCAGGGAGAACCAAUGGGCAUUUCAGUAGAGGAGAAUCGAGGUCGUGUUGAAUGAAUGCUUAGUACUCACCAUCUCAACCUUUUAGCAGCACUAUUUAUGUUUUAAUUGGUUGUACUUGUACUGGAGUCUAUGAGGUGAUUGUUAGAGUAGUCAUUAUGGUAUACGACUUCUAGUCCAAGUCAGUUUUGUACCCCUACCCCAAGUCGGUUUGUACCCUCUUAUAUACUCUUGUAUGCCACA